AUGAUGAAGAGGUUUCUUUCCUUGAAAUCUUUGUCAAGAACAGUCCACAUUAAUGAUCAUGAAGAACACGGUCAAGAUCAAGAUGAUGAUCAUGAUCAUCAAUGUCAGCGGAAAUACGAUGAUGAUGAUCAGAAAGACGUCGUCGGCCGGGUGGCUAAUUGCACAACAUCACUUACAGUGUGGAGAAAAUCGCUUGUGAUGAGUUGUAAUGGCUUCACUGUGAUUGAUUCCCAUGGAAAUCUCAUCUACAGGGUUGACAAUUACAUCGGCCGCCCCGAAGAAAUUAUUCUCAUGGACGGCUCUGGAAGUUCCGUCCUUACAAUGCGCCGCCAUAAGAAGCUUGGACUAGUGGACAGCUGGUUAGUGUAUGAAGGGGAAAUUGGUGACCAUCUUCAAUAUUGUAAACUGAACACUAGUGGUAGUAGUAGAUCAUCAAGAUCAAAAAGGCCAAUUUUUUGCAUUAGGAAGAACAUUAAUCUUCUGAUUAAUGCUAAAUCCAAUGUACUUGCUUACGUAUAUCGCGACACGUCGGAUAAGAGUUGUGCUUAUGUGAUUGAAGGUUCUUAUACACACAGAUCAUGCAAGGUUUUGGAUGGGUGCACUAAGAAAGUUUUGGCAGAGACCAGAAGGAAGGAAGAGAUUGUUGGGGGUGUGUCUUAUGGGGUUGAGGUUUUUCACUUGAUUGUGCAUCCUGGGUUUGAUCCUGGCUUUGCAAUGGCUCUUGUUUUACUUUUGGAUCAAAUGUUUUCUUAA